CACUGGGGUAUCAUCUAGUCAGUCUACGAUACUCCUUGGAUAUCCGAGACAUCUAUCAACAUGUUCAAGCUCGCGGUCCUAUUUGCCCUGGUGGCUUACGCCACCGCCGGUGCUAUCUCCCCGUUGUACAGUGGUUAUGCCCUGGGACAUGGAUAUGCUCCAACAGUGAGUUAUGCACCAACAGUGUCUUAUCACACUCCUCUUGCCACAAGCUACGCCAAUACUUACAAGUAUGCCUACCCAUCGGUCCACAGUGUGAUUCCAUUGGUUACUCCAUCAGUGACGAAAUUCCAUUAUGGCUACCCCAACUACGCAGCCUACAAAGUUGGAUACAGUGGUGGUUAUGGACAUGGUUUGGGCUAUGGACUCGGUGGUCACGGAGGAUAUGGAUAUGGGGGAUAUGGAGGAUAUGGAGGAUAUGGAGGAUACGGCUAUGGACACGGCUACGGCCUCAGUCACGGCUACGGGCUAGGAUAUGGACUUGGUCACGGAUACUACCACUAAAUUCUCCAGACAUUUUCAAAGUAUUAAAGAGUCUUGUAUUACAAAGUACUUAAGGACGGAUGUAAAUAGCAAUAUAUGAUACAAGGCAGUGUUCAAAUCACCCGAUAAUCUCCCCAAUGAAUAAAUAAACAAAAA